AUGGCCGAGGAAGGCAUUGCUGCUGGAGGUGUAAUGGACGUUAAUACUGCUCUGGAAGAGGUGCUGAGGCCCGCUUUCAUCCACGAUGGCCUAGCACGUGGAAUUCGCGAAGCCGCCAAAGCCUUAGGCAAGCGCCAAGCCCAUCUCUGUGUGCUUCCAACUGUGAUGAGCCUGUUGGUGGGCUGCAGCUGUGUGGUGGUCAAGGACUAUGGCAAAGAGGCUCAGGCCAAGGAUGUCAUCGAGGAGUACAUCAAACGCAAGAACUGA